AUGCGUACAAGCAAGAUUUCAAAAGGCGUUCAGGGGUUCACGAUUGACCACAUACAUAUCGUUUCGAAACUCAUAGAAGUGUCGCGAGAGUACAAGAUCCCGCUGUGCCUCAAUUCCAUCGAUUCGAGGAAAGCCUUCGAUACAGUUGAGAUCAAAGCGAUCAUGGAGGCACAGCAAAGGCGUCCCUACUCCAUACAUAAGGAUACUUCUCAAGUAUUCGGCACUAAAGCCCCUUCUGAGCGGUCUGUGCGCGCCUGGUUCCAGCGCUUCAAAGCCGGGAACAAAAAACUCGAAAAUGAGCCUCGCCCUGGUCGACCGACUGCAAUAACGUUCGACGAGCUAAAGAAUCUGGCGGAGCAGCAUCCAUAUGAAGGUGUGCGGUAUUUUGCUGCCAGUCUUGGCUGUUCGCUGUCCACCGUGAGCAAUGGACUGCGAUCUCUCGGAAUGGUGAAAAAGCUCGGUCAGUGGCUCCCACAUGCAUUGAGCGACGGCAACCGCCAAAGACGCCUGGGCAUCUGCACUCAGCUGCUCUCCGGAAGCUUCAGAUUUGACUGGCUGGACGCCAUUGUCACUGGAGAUGAAGAAUUGGUCCUCUACGUCAACCACACCCACAAACGUGCGUGGUGCGCUGGCGAUGAAAUGCCCGAUCAUUUCGUGAAAGGUGAAAUCCAUGAGAAGAAGGCCAUGCUGAGCGUCUUGUGGGGAGUUCAUGGAAUCUACCGUUUCGAACUGCUGCCAGACAACACGACAGUUACUGCCGAGGUCUACUGCGCUCAACUGCAAAGACUGGCCGACAAGAUCCGCAAGGAGCACUCGAAGCUCGACAACGUUCGCCUGCUGCACGAUAAUGCGCGCCCUCACAUCGCGAAGAAGAAUUCCCACAAAAUUCUGGAGCUCGGAUGGGAAGUUCUACCGCACCCACCGUACAGCCCGGACCUGGCCCCGAGUGACUGCCACUUCUUCCGAUCUCUUCAGUAUCACCUGGAAGAGAAGCGCUACGAUGAUCGUGACCACCUCAAAAAUGACCAUCGGGCUUUCUUCGCCUCCAAGUCACCGGAGUCCUACGUCAAAGGAAUCCGUGAUCUUGUGGGACGUUGGCAGAAGAGUAAAUACAAGAUGAAUCAAGUUGCAGAUAUUGAAGACUUAAUCUCACCAGAAACCUCACAGGCAUCCACAGUAAUGGAUAGAAUGCAGUGUCCUCUCUGCUCCAAGACAUAUCUUACUUUCUUUGGGCUUCGUAGACACAUGCAAUGUCAUCAAGAUGGACGGGUGGAUCAAACUUGUGCUCAUUGCCAAAAACACUACAAAUCUCCAGGUGCACUUAAGAUGCACUUAAAAACACAUUCCCUACCCUGCGUUUGUGAGAAAUGUGGGAAGAGUUUCAGCAGACCCUGGUUACUGAAGGGUCAUCAACGGACACAUACAGGUGAAAAACCCUAUAUAUGUUCAUUCUGCGGUCGUUGCUUUGCCGAUCGUAGCAAUCUCAGAGCACACGAGCAAACCCAUUUUCCGCAUCGAAAACACAGGUGUGACUAUUGCGAUCUCUCGUUUGCUCGUAUUCAAGUUCUAGAGAAGCACAAAGCUCUAUGUCCAUUAAAGCUCGAAGAAGAUUCAAGUGACUUUUAA